GAUGCAGGUGGCCCGGGCGAGCUCAGCCCCGCUCUAACGCGCCCUGCCGCCGCCAGCAGCCGCAGCCGCAGCCCUCGCCAUGCCCCGGGGCCGGGGAAGACACCCGGAGCUGCCGCGGUGCCAGCGAGGAUGGUGAUGCGGGGCUGAGACCACGCACCUCGCCCCAACGCACUCCCCCCCAGGUGCCCCUCAAGCCACCCGCGCCAUGCCCCUCUGGCUGCGGCUCCUGAGCCUCCUCCUGGUGCUGUGGGCGGCGUCCCCAGCUGGGGGCUGCCCGGCCCGCUGCGACUGCACCCCCCAGCUGCGGACGGUGGCGUGCCCGCGCCGGCGGCUCACCUCCAUUCCCGAGGGUAUCCCCAGCGAGACGCGUGUCUUGGAACUCAGCAAGAACCGGAUCCGCUGCCUGAACCCGGGGGACCUGGCCCCCUUCCCGCUGUUGGAAGAGUUGGACCUGAGCGAGAACAUCAUUGCCCACGUGGAGCCCGGGGCCUUCGGACACCUGCCCCACCUGCGGAGCCUGCGGCUGCGGGGCAACCAGCUGAAGCUGAUCCCCCCAGGCGUGUUUGCCCAGCUGGCCAACCUGACCCUGCUGGACCUGAGCGAGAACCAGCUGGUCAUCCUGCUGGACUUCACCUUCCAGGGUCUGCGGAGCCUCCGUAGCCUGGAGGUGGCCGACAACCACCUAGUGUUCAUCUCGCCACGGGCCUUUGCCGGCCUGCUGGGCCUACGCCAGCUGACCCUGGAGCGCUGCAACCUGACGGCGCUGUCGGCUGAGGCCCUGGCCCCACUGCAGGGCCUGGAGGCCUUGCGCCUGCGCCACCUGGGCAUUGCUGCCCUGGAGGAGCAGAGCCUGGGCCAUCUGCCCCACCUGCACCACUUAGAGAUCGACAGCUGGCCCCUGCUGGGGGCCCUGGCAGCUGGAAGCCUGCGGGGCCUGAACCUGAGCUCCCUGUCCGUCACCCACACCAAUGUGAGCGCCAUCCCUGCCGCCGCCCUGCGCCACCUGGCUCACCUGGCCACCCUGAACCUCUCGCACAACCCCAUCGGGGCCGUGCCCCGGGGUGCCUUCCGCGACCUGCUGCGCCUGCGGGAACUGCACCUGGCCGGGGCCCGGCUGGCCGUGGUCGAGCCCCAGGCCUUCCUGGGCCUGCGACAGAUGCGGCUGCUCAACCUGUCCGACAACCUGCUGUCCACCCUGGAGGAGGGCGCCUUCCACUCAGUUCACACACUGGAGACCCUGCGGGUAGACCGCAACCCCCUGGCCUGCGACUGCCGCCUACUCUGGGUCCUGCAGCGGCGCAAGACGCUCAACUUUGACGGGCAGCGGCCCGCCUGCUCCUCCCCGGCCGCCCUCCGGGGCGAUGCCCUCUGGGACUUCCCCGACUCCGUGCUGUUCGACUACUUUGUCUGCCAGAAGCCCAAGAUCCGCGACCGGAAGUUGCAGCAUGUCAGCGCCCGCCAGGGCCAGACCGUAUCCUUCCUGUGCCGGGCCGAGGGCCAGCCGGCCCCCGCCGUCGUGUGGGUCUCCCCCCGGCACCGGGUGAUCACGGCCACGAGCUCCGGGAGGGCCAGCGUCCUACCCGGAGGCACCCUGGAGAUCCGCUCCACCAUCACGCAGGACAGCGGCACCUACAUCUGCAUCGCCAGCAACGCCGGCGGCAACGACACCUACUUCGCCACGCUGACUGUGAGGGGCAGUCCAGCCAAUCGGACCCUGGGCCCCAGCGAGGCCAAUGCCACCGCCCGCAACGACACACAAGUGCUGCUCAAGUUCACCCUGGACCUCAAGACCAUCCUGGUGUCUACGGCCAUGGGCUGCAUCACCUUCCUCGGGGUCGUGCUCUUUUGCUUCCUGCUGCUCUUUGUCUGGAGCCGGGGCCGGGGUCAGCACAAGAACAACUUCUCUGUUGAGUACUCCUUCCGCAAGGUGGACGGGCCCGCUGCUGCCGCCGGCCAAGGCGGAGCUAGGAAGUUCAACAUGAAGAUGAUCUGAGUGGCCUCCAGGCUCAUCUCCACCCUCCGGCCCUCCCUCCACCCCUCGCCCCUGGCCCCCUCCCCAGCUCU